AUGAGUUACAAAAUUAAUGCAACCAUCAAGAUCUCAUUCUCAAUUUAUUAAGGAUAUUUAAGAUUGGGUCUAGUAAAAAGAAUAUAAGAAAUUAAAAUUAGCAGAGGAAAUUAGAACCAAAAUGUAUAACCAUUUAGGCUAUCAAUUAAUCCUAAAUCUGUUGAAAUAGCUGAGAAAAAAAUGAAAAAAAGUGAACUUCCUUUAAUAGAUUAAGCUGAUCGAUUAGCCAUGCCUAGACGACCAAGUUUUACUUUUUAAAAAGUAAAAUUAUAAUUUUCACCUUGCAUCAAUACAAAAUCUAGAUAAUUAGGUAAUAAGUAUAAAUAUUAAAGAUUUUUGUCCCUUGGAAUUAAAAUCUUAUAAUAGGAAUCAAUAUGUAAAUAUUAUAUUUAUGAUUAAUUCUAAUUAAAAAGAUGGUUUAUUCUUUGUUAUAUUUUUGUUCAAGAAAUAUGA